AUCACUGUAGUCUCAGUAGAUCGUUCGUCGCGAAAUGUUAUGAAAUAAAAAGUCAUGAUCAUUUUAAAAAUUGUCUAAUUUAUGGUCUCUUGCACGCAGCGGAUAAAUAUCGGUGGAUACUGAACGAAAGUGACUUCAUUCACGUACUUAGGAUACUAAACUUUCAUACCGACUAUUUUGUGUAAAUAUAACCCCAAAACGACAAAUAGUAAACAACUUCCAUUAAAUCUUUCUAUAUAAUUAAUUUGUAAAGUUAUACAAUUCCAAUAUUAUAAAUACGUAUUUUACAAUGAAUUUGCCACGGUUAUUGAUUGUGAGCACGGAGAAAGGAAAAGCUCACGAAAUCGCUACGAAUAUGGGAGCAGAGCGACUUUCCAACCAAGACUAUUUUGAAUAUUAUCUGUGGAAUAUUGACAACAAAUAUUACAAAGCACAAGUGUUAAUAUGUGUUACAGAAAAUCCAAUUCCAGACAUUUCAGUGGAAGGUGUAGAAGCCCUUAUUGUACAUCAUAAUCCUCAGACAGGAGAUGCAGAACAGAAUUUAAAGCAAUGGUCACCUUUAAUCAGUUCUUUAGCAGAUGCAGAAGUAUUAUUAUUUUCUUGUAGUUUUAUAACAGAUGUUCUUAUAAGGGACAAAGUAAUAAAAUGGUGCCUGCAAAGAAAGUUUGAAUUGAUCGAAUUAAAUAGACCUGACUCUGAUGCUUCAGAAUCUGAUCUAGAACAUAAUAAAUACGGCAUUGAGAGGAUGGUUGAAGCUUUACAUGCUCAUAUGUGGCCUAACAUGAUACUCAAAGGGAAACCGUCGAGCGCCGAAGAACAAAACUCCGAUCUGAACGAAGUUGAAGAACAAUUUGAGAACAUUAAACUCACUAAAGAUUCCACAGAAAGAUUACCAAUGGAGAACAUGCUAGAUAGUAUUAUGGGGGAAGAAAAUGCAGAUUUCGGUGAAUUGUUUAGUCAGUUGAUGGCAAUGAAGGAACAUGCAGCAUCUCUGCCUUCAAAUCAGAGACGAAUAGCUGCAGAACAGUUAGUCACUGCUUUUUGGAAAGCAAUGGGUGGUGAUCCAUCGGAAACGGAAUUAGAUUAAUUUAUACGUUAAUCAUAUAAUGCACAUAGGUACAUACAAGAAAAGCAUAACUGCUUCGGAUAGACCCUGUUUUGAUAUUCCAGUUUAAAAUGAAAUUAACGAAAAAACCAAUUAUCAUUGCAAUAAUAACACCAUAAUAACGACUAUAGAAACUAUAAGAUUGUAAUAAAUGUAAGAA